AUGGAUCAUUUCCGAAUUUGUCACUGCACAAUGCGCCUCACCACCGUCCCCACGGACCUACUGGGGCAUACGCUCAGCUUCCUCGACGCGACGGACCUCCGCGCAGCCUCGGUCGCGUCCAAGGCGCUGGCGUCCGUGCCCACGGACCGCCAUUGGGAGGCUCUCUUUCGCUCGACGUGGAACCAGCACAAUGCCCAUGUCGACACUAGCGAGACCUUGGAGCUCUCGCCGGCACUUGAAGCAGCCUAUCCGCGGCGGCGCGACUGCUAUCGCUGGCUCACUCAGGUGGUCACACCCGUGCCGACGUGCGCUGACAUUGCACACACCAACGUCCUCGCCAACCUCUCGUCCAAGCACCGGAUCGAGCCGGUCGCAUUUGACGACGCGACGCACCGGCGCGUGACGGCGAUGGCGCUCGGGACCGAGAGCGUCGGUGGCGACCGAUCGAUCCGCGCCAACACGCCGUUUCCGCUUGGCCCACGCGUGCAAUUGACCAAGAUAUCGCUGCGGACGUGGCGCGUCGACGUGGCGGACGAUGCGUACUUUGAGAUUACGAUUCAAGCGUCAACGACGUCGCCGAUUGCGCUGCCAACCGCGCUCAGCAUGUGUGUUGCCAUCGGACUCGGCACCAAAGACUUUCGCGUCAUCGGGCAGCAACCUGGCUGGGACGCGCAUUCGGUCGGCUACCACAGCGACGACGGCCGCUUCUUCACCAACGGCCAGGCGCAUCCCUUCGCGUCGAGCUUUGAUGUCGGGGACACACUUGGCUGCGGCCUUCUUCGCAGCGCGCACAGCUCGUCCGUCUUCUUCGCUCGGAACGGCCAGCGCAUAGGGUCCAUCAUGCGGUGCCCACAUGCGCCACUGUAUCCCGUCGUGGGACUCGAUGCUGCGUACUCGAUCACGCUCAAUUGCGGCAGCAGCCCUUUCCAGUACACCCCGACGCUGCAAGGCGACGUGGCGGCGCUCGCUAAAGCGCCGUGGCCGCAGCGGACCACUGUCCUAGCACGAGGACCACCGUCGCUCUGGUGGUUGGCACUUGUCGGCCUCGUCCUCCUCGCGCUUGCGGUAGUCGUAGUAUCGGAACGACGACGAUGA